AUGGCAGAGCUGAAAUCCAUAACAGGAGAUGAACCUUACACUGGCGUAGGCAAUGCUCCAGCUCCGAUUCCUCGACCAAUGGGUUUCUGGGGACGGCCGAGGCUUGUUUUUAACGACAUAAAUCAAAGUUCAUUGUUCUUACUAGCCAUCGCUGCCAUUCGUGCUUGUUUUGUCCUCUCAAGAAUUAUCCUCAAUAGCAUAAUUCCCAAAUUGGAUUUCAUGCAAAUUAAUUGUGCUAUUGGAGCGUGGCUAGUACGGGAGCAAUUGACUUCUCAUUGUAUUUUCAUUCUGAUGUCACUUAACGGAAAUCUUCUAGAUACUCUCCAAUGGGUUAUGGAGGAGCUUACAUGGGUAACCCUUGUUAUGGUCGCUAUGGCGGUUAUGGUUGUGGAGGAAUGA